CGUUGACUGGACCGCCUUUUGGUCUCCUGUCACCAAGGAACCUGAAGUCUGUCUUAUCCGCAAACUUGGAGGCAUCCCAACGCUUCUGAUCCACACCACCACCACCAACUCCUCCUCCGACAAAAGAGUGUAAUAACAUCAUUGCAUCUUUUUCAUCUCAUUCUGACCCCGACGUCCACCCACUUGGGCCAUUUGUACAUUACUCUUCCUAAAUACCGUCGAAUUCUAGGGCUGCUAGCUCGUGCUCAAUCCACCAGCGCAGCUGCAACUGUCCGACCGCGCCUGCCUCGAAUCUCAUACGACCUCAUUCGCACCUUCUUGUCCCUAUCGCAGUCGCACUUGCACUUGCGUCGACUCCGUCCCUUUCCAAUCUCGAUUCGAUCCUCGACUUCAACCUUGGAUCACAUCCUCCUAGCGAGGCUCUUUGUGGUCCUCCCUUCGUCUGAUUGACCCAUCCAAACUCCGACACCUGUCCAUCCCCUGGACCACCUCAAACAUGCUGCUCGGAAAAGGCAACGUCACAUGGAAGUCGGCCAAGAGCAGGUUACCACCAUGGAAAGCCGUCUUGAUGUUCCUCACUCGGACACGAUUCCUCGUCGCCGUCUUGCUGACGGGGCUCAUCAUUCUACUAUGGAGAGGGAUCACCGUCUCGACACAACAAAUGUCAAAUUUUUACUGUUUUGGCCCUGCCAAACCUCCCAUCGAAAUGAGCAAUAACGAAAUGGUCGCCUGGAACCAACACCUCCAGACCCCGAUCCUUUUCAACCAUCAUCAACCCUACGAGGUCAACUCUACCACCAUCCAACGUAUUGACCUCAACCCCAUCGCCUCUACCCCCAGAGCUCUUAGCAACAAAGAGCGCGUCCUCAUCCUCACUCCUUUGCGCGAUGCCUCCCCCUACCUCAUCAAAUAUUUCGACCUCCUGACCGAGCUGACCUAUCCGCAUGAACUUAUCGACCUGGGUUUCUUGGUUGGUGAUUCUUCCGACGACACCCUAGCCGUCCUCGCUGCAGAACUCGACAGAAUUCAACAAAGGACUGAUGCAAUCCCAUUUCGCAGCGUUACCAUUGUGGAAAAGGACUUUGGCACGGAUUUGAAAAUGGACGUUGAGUCAAGACAUGGGUUCGCCGCCCAGGGCCCGCGAAGAAAGCAGAUGGGCAAGGCUCGAAAUUACUUGCUCUCGGCAACCAUGAAGCCAGAACAUUCUUGGAUCUACUGGCGUGACGUCGACAUCGUUGACAGCCCUAAGAAGAUCAUCGAAGAUUUUGUCGCGCACGAUCGCGACAUCUUAGUUCCCAAUGUCUGGUUCCAUCGCUACGACCAAGGCCGCGACAUUGAAGGUCGCUUUGACUACAACUCUUGGGUUGAAUCCGACAAGGGUCGCAAAUUGUCCGCUUCCCUGGACAGAGAUGUCGUUCUUGCCGAGGGAUACAAAGAAUAUGACACCGGCCGGACAUACAUGGCCCGCAUGGGUGAUUGGAGAAACAAUAAAGAUGAGGAGAUCGAACUCGACGGCAUCGGUGGUGUCAAUAUCUUGGUCAAGGCCGACGUCCAUCGAUCUGGAAUCAAUUUUCCCUCGUAUGCUUUUGAGAAUCAAGCUGAGACGGAAGGCUUUGCCAAAAUGGCCAAGAGAGCCGGUUACCAAGUCUACGGUUUGCCUAAUUAUGUUGUUUGGCACAUUGAUACAAGAGAAAAGCCUGGAAAUGCAUAGACGUCGAGGAAAUGAUUUCCUCUUUUGCAAAAUGGUCGGGGAUCUCUGUCGCACACGCGAAAGGUCCAACCGCUGAUUGGGGUGGCCGUAGAACGAUAACAUAUUCAUGGUUAUCUCUACGGCGGCAGACCUGGUGUCAAGGUCGAUGCCCAAGUUUACGACGGAUGCACAGGUUAAUCUUUGGAAGGGCGCCGAUUGGGUAUGGGCACCACCCGGCGCUCUAGACGUGUAUAUCCUGCCCCAAGCUGCCUUCGUCUUCCGGAGACGUGGGGUCGGUUAUUAGGAGGACGGGGAGAGCGAUGUUUCGGCGUACUCGGGGAUUAAAACGAUGCACAAUAUCAUGAACUUGAUCACUAUGAAUUUAGUAAGCAACUCGAGUCUGUGUGGACCAAAUGUUGGUUCAAGGCUGCAACUGCAUGCAUCGACAACAACAUGCCCUCCUGGGUCUAAGCUAAGGGGGAGAGACUUGCCCUGUCAAUGAAAGUCGUUGGAAAUGCGGGAGAUGUACAUGAUGGUGAGGUGGGAGGUUUACAUGUAGACACGUCUAGGUUGAAGUUCUUUGUUCAUAUUCGUAUUCGCGUCUAUUUCCACUCAUCUAAUAAGACUUGUUUCGAAA